GCUGUGAAGGCUCGCGGGCAGUCGUAGGGACCGCGGUGAUUUACUUCAUUGGAUCGCACGCAGCCACCACCACCAUCACCACCACGGACUUGCUGGGGUCUCAGUUGGAGCCAGGGUCACCUAUCAGAGUCUGGGUCUCAGUUGGAGUCUGGGUCCCUAUCAGAGUCUGGGGGUCUCGACUGGAGUCUGGGUCCCCUAUCAGAGCCGGGGUCCCCUAUCAGAGUCUGGGUCCCCUAUCAGAGCCGGGGUCCCCUAUCAGAGUCGGGGUCCCCUAUCAGAGUCGGCGUCUCCUAUCAGAGUCAGGGUCCCCUAUCAGAGUCUGGGUCCCCUAUCAGAGCCGGGGUCCCCUAUCAGAGUCGGCGUCUCCUAUCAGAGUCUGGGUCCCCUAUCAGAGCCAGGGUCUCUACUGGAGUCGGGGUCCCCUAUCAGAGCCGGGGUCUCAGUUGGAGUCUGGGUCCCUAUCAGAGCCGGGGUCUCCAGGCGAGGGAUGGCGGAGAGACGGAGUCCCGUGGAGCUGCUGCAGUCAGGGCGGAUGGUCCGCGUCUCGGCACCGAUGGUUCGAUACUCCAAGCUGGCGUUCCGCUCGCUGGUGCGACGCUACGGCUGUGACCUCUGCUUCACGCCCAUGAUCCUGGCCGACGCCUUCGCGCGCUCGCUGCGUGCGCGCGACAGCGAGUUCACCACCAACGCUGCUGACCGUCCGCUCAUCGUCCAGUUUGCCGCCAACGACCCUCACGACCUCGCGGCGGCGUCGCUCGCCGUGGCCCCGUACGCCGACGGCGUCGACCUCAACUGCGGCUGCCCCCAGCGCUGGGCCGUAUCCGAGGGCUACGGUGCGUGUCUCCUGGACAAACCCGAGCUGGUGAGGGACAUGGUGCGGCAAGUCCGAGCGAAGAUUCCCGACCCCAACUUCAGCGUCUCCAUCAAAAUACGGGUGCACGAGGACACGGGCCGCACCGUGGAGCUGUGCCGGCGCGCCGAGGCCGCGGGGCUGUCCUUCGUGACGGUGCACGGGCGCACCGCGCGGGAGCGCCACCAGCCGGUGAGGACGGCGGCCGUGCGGGCCGUGAGCGACGCGCUCGCCGUGCCCGUCGUCGCCAACGGGGACGUGCGCACCGACGAGGAGGCGCGGCGGCUCGCCGCGGACACGGGCGCCAGCGGAGUGAUGGUGGCUCGUGGCCUGCUGGCGAACCCGGCGCUGUUCGCCGGUUUCCCCGACACUCCGCUGGCUUGCGUCCGGGACUGGCUGGACUCGUCGCUGGCGCUGGGCGUCCCCUUCUGCUGCCUGCACCAGCACCUCGUGUUCAUGAUGGAGCGCCUGGCCUCGCGCUCGGACCGCCUCUCCUUCAACUCGCUGUCCAGCACCGCCGCCGUAGUGGACUUCCUGGCCGAGCGCUACGGAGUGUGAGAGCGCCCACUGGGGGUUUUCGGGGUUCCCGGCGACGGCUUAAAUCUCUCUGUCUCUGUAUUGCGUGCGCGCUCGCUCAGGAGAUCACGAUGGUCGCGAGUUUCCUUGUUUCGGACUUCAAUGGGAGAGUCGAGGUGAUGUCGUCACUGUUAGCACCACCUGGUGCGAAGAUCAGAGGGUG